AAAAUAAAAUUCCAAACAAGAUCCUUUUUUAGACCCAGCUUCAUCCAACGAAGAGACCUGCGAGCUAAGCAAACAAGACGUUCUUCGCUCUUUUUAAUUUCAAACUCUCUUGCUCUCUCUGAUCCAGAUCCCAUCGAAUCUCGAAUUCAUCCCAGCUGCGAAGCAUGGGCAUCCUCUUCACGCGGAUGCUCUCCUCCAUCUUCGGGAAUCGCGAGGCUCGGAUCCUUGUCCUUGGCCUUGACAAUGCGGGCAAAACCACCAUCUUGUAUCGGCUUCAGAUGGGCGAGGUGGUGUCAACGAUCCCAACGAUCGGGUUUAAUGUGGAGACAGUGCAGUACAACAACAUCAAGUUCCAAGUUUGGGAUCUGGGUGGCCAAACAAGUAUCAGGCCAUACUGGCGGUGCUACUUUCCUAAUACCCAGGCCAUUAUUUAUGUUGUUGAUUCAAGUGACACUGAUAGACUAGUAACCGCCAAAGAAGAAUUUCAUGCUAUCCUAGAGGAAGAUGAGUUAAAAGGUGCAGUUGUUCUGGUAUAUGCAAACAAGCAGGAUCUACCGGGUGCACUCAAUGAUGCUGCAAUAACUGAGGCCCUAGAGCUCCAUAAAAUUAAAAGUCGUCAGUGGGCUAUUUUUAAAACUUCAGCUAUCAAGGGAGAGGGGCUUUUUGAGGGCUUGGACUGGCUUAGCAAUACACUCAAGUCCGGUGGUGGUUAAUUUACCUUGUCUGCACUGAUCAUCGCCAGAUAGAUUUUGAUUUAAUCACCUGGUAAUUCUCAUCAUUUUCCCCCCCCCCAUUAUUACCCAGGAAGUUUACAUAUACCUGCGCACAUGUAAAAUUGUCAGCAAAAAGUGUCCGAUAUAUUCUGCUUUCUUCUGUCAGAGCUAUAGCUUGAUUCAGCAAUUGGUUUUAUUUGGUGGUUGGUUUGGGAUCACAUUUACUAUUGACCUUGAUUUGAAAGGAACAAUUUGUUCCACCUCUCUUUAUAAUUAUUCUUGUUAAGCAUAAUUUCUUUUA